AGAGAGGAGUGGGGGGUCAGCAGGAGAGUAGUGCCAGGAUGGGGGGCUGCUCCAGGGAACAGAGGAGGCACGCCAGACUGGCUCAGGGACACUGGGGGUUAAGGUAAGCCCAUGUCAGUUUGUUCCAGUCCAGCCCUGUCCUGGCUAGGCUAGCCAGCUGACCUUGAUUUAAGGUUACAGACACCUCAUCAUGGGGACCACAGGAUCUGCAAAACCCCCCACACCCCAAAAAGAUGCUGGGGAUGGCCCUGGCAUCCCUCUCCUAUCAUUUGUCUCUACCUGCCCGUGACAGUGCCACAGUGUUAGCAGCAUAAUGGUGAGGCACACCUAACACUUCCAAGUGCUUGGGAGAGCUGUUUCUCCCUAUUCCAAGGUGUUCCAGCCUGAGUUCAAGGAGAGCAAACUUUUGGGACAGACUUCAUUGGUGCAUGCCUUCACCCCACUCAGUGGAACCUCAGCCUGCUCCAAGGUCUCCAGAAGCUCCAUGCCACAAGAGACCACAGCCAACAACUUCACUGCAGUCAGCCACCCACCCUGGGAUGGCAGAGACCAGCUCAUGGCAGCAUCCAGCACUCCCCAGCAAUGCAUUGCUCCCACAGGAGCACACUUUGUGAGAGACUUCAGCACGGUGCUGGCCCUGCGCUGGCAGAGACCCUGGCAUAUUGUCCUUCAUGAGGCUCUCAGAGGACCUUGUCCUCUCGGCUGGUCAAGGCAGGUGCUUGGAGUGGCUGUGGCUUGUCUCUACCUUCUUCCCAGCACCCCCAAACAAUUUUCCCUGCUUGGAAACCCAACUGCCACCCAUCUGAGCAAGGCAGGGAGUGCUGCCUGUAUAUGCACAGAAACAAGCCAAGCCUGCCUGCAGCAGGAUACUCAAGGGCCCCACUCCCAAGUGUUUGUCCGGUUUGAGCUGGGUGGAAGCCAGCAGUGCUCAGCACAGCUCUGCAGUCAGGAAGGCUCACAGAGGGCUUCAGAACUAGAUCUGGAAGGCAUCAUCCUUGGAGGAAAAUAAUAGAGUCUUGCACAGGCUGUUCAUGCAGCUGUCAACAUCCAUCACUGGGCCAGAGACCGCUGCUGAGAAAUCUUGCUGGUGGCAGAGAAAGUACAGCUGGAGGCGUGCAGGGGCCCGGGAAUGCUGGCCAGCAGACAGGCCCCAGCAGUGACAGGGAAGGGACAUCCAUCACUCCCAAGAGGCACAGCAGCCAGGAUGGAGCGGGAACCCAGCUCCUUCUAUACUUUCCCAUCAGGGAAAUGCUGGCAUAGCACCAGCUUGUUUCUCAGAGGAGGGAAAGGAUCGUCUCAAUCUAGCAGGCAGAAAGUAGGGUUCAGUUCUCUCCUGGGAAGACAGGAGACCUAUAAAGAGGUAAUGGCCUCAGAGCCUGAGAGAAGAUUUGAUCCCAGACCCAUUCAUGCAGUCCCAGUGCCAGAGGGGCAGGAUGCUAACUUGUGAGCAAGAGGUACCCACCAGUGGGCUGGCAGCAAGGCAGCCAGGGAAGCAAAGAGACUUAGAGAAGAAUUUGAGAGGGAAAAAAAGCAAUCCAAAGCCCUGCAGAACAUAAUCUGGGAGCAGAGCAGGGGGAUAAGCAGGAUCUCAGAGCAAUGUAGAUGAUAAGGAGUCACUAUGGGAAACAGAAAGGAAGGGAUCUUAGUCACUGCCAGGGAUGCAGCUGAAAAAUGCUGAGAACCCACAGCUACAAAAAGGAGACUAAAAAAAAAAAAAGGCAUAGAGUAGUGGGCACUGAAAAUGGCGGAAAAGCACCUCAGAAAGAGAGGGCAGAAUAGCACACGUGGCUUGGCUUCCAUCUGGCUCAUUGGUGAUACAUAGGUGUCAGCUCCCUGCCUCAAGGAAGAGGGAUGUGAGCCAGCUGAGCAGGGAUUUUGGAGGGCUGGAGAAGACCCCAGCCCUGUGCACAGCCUGGAGGAGGAUUGCUGCUCAAUGGUGAAUGAAUGAGCCAAUAGAAGAUGCUCGAGGAGUAAUUUGCGAUGGCACAGUGCUGGAUAACAGCUUGGCAGAGUACUGCAUUACAAAAACCUGGGCUCUGGGACUCUCGGUGAAUACUUCAAAGGCUGAACUGCCUUAUGGCUUCAAAAGGCUCCAGCUGCCCUGCUACAAGCCCCAACAGCAUCCCACCAAGCUGACUACUUGGCAAGGAAUGCCAAGUACCCCACCUCAGAGACAGGAAGCAGGGGCUGCUCAACACUUUUGUGUAAGGGGACAGUGAGAGGUGAACAGGAAAACUGUGGGAUUGAGAGGCUGUGGGAUCUGAGCAACACAAAGCUUUACAUCUACACUUAAAACCUGCCAAAAUUCUGCUUGGCUAAACAUCAGCCCCAGCCAAGACCAAUCUCAGGUACAAAGCUGGUGGAUUCAGUCAAGUCCUAGCUGAGGAGAGGCAUUCCAGCCACAAAGCCCAUCCUGCUGUUCCGGUCCUGUAGCAAAGCCACUGCCUGUCAGUCCACAAAAUUCUGGGCUCUUUGGUGCACAGAUCGUUUCUGCUGGGGAAGCGCAGGUGACGCAGGUUCCUGAAGCCUAACUCAGAACCACGUCAGCAGAGACACCAGAUUCAUCGCUCAGCAGGUCCCUCUCUCCAGACUCUCUUUGCUUUGUGGAUUCAUUUCCCCUGGGCCAAAAGUACAGCAACUCUUUGGCAUCUCUGAGCUUGCAAGUACUACCCAAGAGAAAGCUGGGCACUGGCCACAUGCCACUAUGGAUGACGACCCCAGGCAUGGUUGGGGUUUUUUGCCAUCGCUGGGUUAUGAGCUCACUGUUGCAGCGUGCCAGGCCAAUCAGCCAGCUCUGCCCUAGACAUGCGCAACGCUAAGGAGACCUAGGAAUGUACUGUCCCAGUGGGAUUUCUAACUGAAUCAACAUCUUUCUUCGGUGCUUUCCCUCCCAAAAGCAGGCUGAGAGGCUGUCUGUGAGUCCUGCUCUACCAAACGUCUCAAGGACAGUGAGGGGCUGCACUGGCAAGAGGCAGGUGGCUCUGAUGUUCUAGCCCAGCCACCGAGCCAGCCCUGCUGGGGACAGCCUACGUAAGCACGGUAGGGAGAAGACACCCUGCCUUCAGCUCCUCAGCUCAGAUCAGACCAGCGGCAAGAUGGUCUGUGGAGCUAAGCAACAAGCUGUCCUGAACACAGCUUUGGCAAGGACUGUACUGAGGGCUGUAGCCCAGCACUCAAGUAACAGGUGAAGGUUGAGGAAGGAAUUUUAGCAUCCAGAUGAGGGUUUUAACCCUUUCUGGAGCACCUCUUUUAUGCAUCACAACUCUUAUGGACACAUCCCCUUUCCAGUCUGCUAGUUCCUCUGCUAAACACAGUGCCCGGCUCUCCAUACAGCAAGAUGCCCUGUGCAUAUCAAGGCUCUCCUUCCUCCUGUCAGCCCUGCGACCAGCCAUGGGUUCACAGCAUUCAAGACAGACUUCACAGCCACCAAGCAUCCUCCCUGCAGUUAUUCUACCUCUCUCUAUGACUGACAGCAUUUAAAUAUGAAAGCACAAUUGAUGGCUGUCCCCAACUUUUCCUUAGUAAAAUAUCUUUGCUACACCCAGCCACAAAGCUCUGUGAGGUCUCCCAGGCACGCAGAUACCCCAGCUGCACAGAUCUGCACAGCAGGGUCAGACCAGGGCUGUAUGUCAGAUGGACCUGUACCUAUGCUGGGUCCCUAAUUCACCUUGGUAGCCCCCCCCUUUCCCCCUGCACCUCCACAACAUGCACAACCCAUGCUCAUGAACAACUCAUCACCUGGCACACACCAGCCCUGCUGCAUACACCACCGUGUCCUUCCCUCCCUCCCUCCCCUCUGCAGAGGGGCUCCUGUGUGCACACAGAACGGACUGACUUGGAGACAGACUUUUUUCCUGUAGAAUGGGCUGCCACGGGGACGGUGUCCUGUGCAUCACCUUGCACCCUGCUGCAGUCAUGGGUGACAGCAGGUGACAGCUACCCAUCCCGGCCCCACACUUCUAACUCAGUAACAUUGUAAACUGCUUCAACCUCUUUCAAAAUAUUUAAACUACUCCUUGCCCAGGCAGCUAUCACCCCCAGAACCUUCCCAGCGCGGGGAGCAGCGACCGAGCAUCUCCCAACUGCAUGUUUCCAUCCGAGUGCGUCACAACUUAAUGCUGCCCCCAGACCGUACUGCGCUAUGACAGCACCGCGGCUUGGCACGGCCCCGAUGGCCCCACCGGGCUGGUUUUGGCCACGGGGGCAGCCCAAGUAGCUCUGGGGUAACCCUGACUGCUCUGCCCCAGCCUGCCUGCGAGGAGGGGGUCGGUGUGGGCUCUUCUCCCGGUACUACACCGGAGGCAGCACCUGACCGAGGCACGACACCCUGAUCGCUUCUUCUCACCUAGGACCGAUGCGCAGCAGCCUAACACCUACAAAACGGAUGCCGGCUCACAGCGAGCAAGCUCCUGGCAGUAGAAAGCCCUUUUUUGUCCAAGCAGCCACUCCUUCCUCUCAAACUCUGCCCGGCUGGGAAGCGGGGCUGCGGCGCUACCCCCUCCGCGUUGCCUUGCGGCUGUCCCCGACUUCAGGAAUGGAGCUGUGCUUUCUGGUUUCAAGACUCUCCUGUGUGGUGGAUGAAGCCCUGCUUUGCACAUCCUUCCCUCCCUCCAAGCCCACUGUGGGACUCUCCUCCAAGCCCACAGCACCAUAUCCUGCUGGCACAUCACAGAGACCUACAAACAAUCCCAGGAGCUACACUGGGAAAGGAGCUGACUCUCUGGAGCGCAGAAGCAGAGACCACAGCACCUUCCCUGGCUGCAAUGCAGUGUGUCACUGCAGGAGCCCUGACAUCCUCUCCACCUUGCCACCAUCAACCAAGCUUACUUGGCACCACAUUCACUUAGUUUUCCAGCAACCAGGAGCAAAUAUUCUCUCCUGGGUGUGGAGCAGCAAGAAGGCACUAGUUCUGCAAAGCCAGGCCAAAGGGACUGACCUCCACCUCCCAGAUGCCAGCAGAGAUGUAUCCACAGAGAUGUGGGACCCUUCCUGCAGCAACGAUCUAUUCUCCAGGAGCUGGAGUGUGCUCAGCUGAGCUCCUGGGUUGUCCAGGUCUGUCCUGACACAAUUCCAGGCAAGAUACCUGCUGCAGGAAAUGCCAGACCUUUAAACACAAUUCAAGUACCUCUUGCUCCCUACAUGAGGCUGUUUUCAUCCUACACAAUGAAGGGACAUGGCAAAGAGCCUGGUACAAAUGCACCAGGGACAGGUGCAUGGGGGAAAGUAGCACUCUCCCCUUAAUUCUGGAAGGCCCACGUGCAUAGCUAGAUGCUCAUUGCCUCUGCCAAGCAAACCAAGCCUGCUUAAUGUUGCUGCUAAGAAUGUACCAGACCGGAUCUUUGGCUGAGCUAA